AUGAGAACACCAUCAUCUCCACCGACCAACAGCAACUCACCACAACAAGCUAGUAUUCUUCUCAACAACAAUAUUUCUACAAAUGUUUCCUCUUCGAAUAAGAAAGUUACUAUUUCAUCAUCAGCAGAGCCAAUAGCAAUGAACCAAUCACAAGUUAAUCUUGCCAAUCCGAGUGAAAGUGGCAAGUCAGGAAGUUCGUUUAGUCAAAGUAAGAUUACAUUUCGUACAUGUUGUGGUGUAAUUGAGCUGACUUCUAUGAAGUUGGCUUGUUUAUUUGGAAUGUUAGUCACUGUUAUUGGAUUAUUAGUUUUGGCUGGUGUUGCAGUUGCAGCCUUUAUUACUGCAACUUCCAAGUCGACUGAAAUUUUAAUUUCUGUUGGCAGAGUUACUUCACAAUUCGAAGGUGCUAAUGCCAUAAUUGUCAGAUAUGUUUUCGCAGGAACAGCUGAAACAUAUUCAACAACUUUGGCUACUUAUAAGAAAUCCUAUCUUGCUCUUCAACAAAAUUUGACAAACAUUCUGGCAAAUCUUAAUGAUCCUCAAAUAGAGACAAUUUUCAAUUCCACAGCCAUAACUGCUGUAAAUAAUGUGGAUUCCCUAAACACUAUGAUGAUGUAUAUGGCUGGUGGAGUAACUAACACUCAGCGAUCUGAUGCAAUUGAAAAACUCAAUAGUGAAGUUUACAAAAAUUAUUUUACUACUUUCCGUUCAGGUUUGGAUGAAUUAGUGACCUAUGUGCAAGAAAAGGAACAGGUAAAAGAUCAGAAUAUUUUGGCAAUCACAUUGGUGCAGCUCAUUAUUAUUGUACUUUCAUUAUUUGUCAUUUUGCCUAUCAUUAUAUUUGUGUUUACAUAUGCCAUUAAUCGUGACUCGUUAUAUUUGGAAAAGAUUCGUCGUGCUAAUGCAGUCAUGUUGAUGGAUACAAUUGAGGAUGAAGGUUUGAGAGCUCUUUUCAAGGUUCAUUGUGAAAAGGAAAAGUCGAGUGAAAAUUUCCUACUCCUUGAAAAGAUUCAAUAUUAUCGUUCUUUGUGUGAACGUUCUAUAGAUUUACAAAUGAGAUUAUUUGGUCAGGAUGCCGCUAUAAGUGAUGCUCUGAGUGAUAUUUCGGCAGAUUCAUCUCACUCCUCAAAGAAAAAGAAGGAAUCUCCAUUAGAAAGAGAAUAUAACGAAUUGGAGGCAAAGAAGUAUGAAGUUGCUUUUGAAAUAUUUACUGAAUUUUUGGAAGUAACUGGUGAUAUGGCUGUCAAUGUUUCAAAGGUUCUUACAGAUUUUGUGAAGGAUAAACUUGACAAGUUCAAUGACAAACAAAUUGAUACCCUGCCAGAGGACAUGUUUGAUAUUUUAGGAAAAGAAACAUGUCUUGUCAUGAUGGAUACUCACCAUAGAUUCAAACAAUCUCUUGCAUUCCAACGUGAAAUGAAGAUUGACAAGAUAAAGGUAGACCAGAUAAAAAAGAAAAGGAAUAUAGAAUUUUAAAGAAAUUAUUAGUUGUACAAAUUUAGAGCUAGGAGUUUUGAUAAAUCAAUUGACCAU